CUCGCCAAUCCUCCUUCCAAAAAUAUAGGCCCCCUGGAAGGAAAACCAAGAAAGCGCGUCACUCCUCUUUCCCCCUUCCCCUCUCCCCCGCUCGUCCUCACUACGUCUUGCCACUCUCUCCCUCUUUCUUCGCCAAAACCCUACAUCUCCGCGCGUUAACCCUAAAAGCCCCUUCUGGUUCCCCGAGAUUUAGGAGGAAGAAGGAAGGAUCCCCAUGGCGACCGAUCCGAAAGGAGGAGCAGGAGGCGGCGUGGAUGUCCUUCAGAUAGACGAGGCCUAUGAGUUCUGUGCGCCCCGGUUCUUUGAUUUCAUAAACGAGGAGACCAAGGAGGACAUCCGAAGGGCUGAACGCUGGUUCGAGACCUCCCUCAGCUACGCCCCCUCUCCUUUCAUGCCGAAAAUCAAAGAGGGCAGAUCCAUUAAAAUGGAGACUCUCUGCGACUUUGGGAAUGUAGAUCGAGUGCAGAAGGAAUCAGCGCCAGCAGAAGUUAGUAAUCAAAGAGACAAUCCGAUGAUAUUGUCAGACAACACUAUCAGACACGAGCAGGAGCUAGAUGUCGCUACAGGAGUAAAAGCAAGCCAACAGCAAGAAAUAAAGGAUGUAAAGAAUUCUUUGGAAUUUAAUUCUGAGGCUAAGCCUAGUCAAAACUGCAGUCUUCCUCAACAAGAGAAUAGUUUGCCUAUUGGUGAUGAUAGUUCUGCCUCCUCAGCUUCUGCAGCAAAUUUGAGCAAGGAAGAAAUCUCUUCUUUUGAGUUCCCUCUUCCUCCAUCAAAUCAGGCAAGAGUCGGAGCUUCCACCCCAAAAGCACAGAAGGUUCCCACAAAAGGAAUAGCACUGACCAGUGUAAAGAAACAAGUUAGCAUUGAAGCUUGCACUCCGAAAGUACAGACGGUUUCUGUAUCAGCACCCACCAGUACAAAGAAUUUGACGGCUAAAAAAAUAGCAAGUUUGAUUAAACAGCCAUCUGCAGCAAAGCUGAAAACCAAGUCCCCUUCUGUCCAAUCUUCAAAAUGCACCAAACCUAAAAGUGUAAUUAAGUGUCCUGGUGGUGUUGCCACGAAGAAUGCUAUGGCUACUGUUAUUGCUCAAGAAAAUCAAGCCAUAAAGAGGCAAAAGCUGGAUGAUGGAAGAUCCAGACAGAUACUCAAUGUCAAAACCAGAGUGUUGCCCCACAAGUCAAGACCAGGUUUAACUAGCGGCACUGACAUAUUUUCAUAUGGUUCUAGAGUGUGUCAUGAAGACUCAUCACUCCGGAAGGAAGUAACACCAUUCAUGUCUACAGCAGAGUUGGUUAAAAAGUUCCAGUCAACGACUAGAGACUUAGAUUUCUCUCGUAAUAGAUCACUUUCACAUGAUGAUACAGCUUCAAUGAUACAAAGGAGGACCAGGCUUAUCUUGACAAGGCCAAAGGAGCCAGCACUUGAGACAGCACACCGAGUUCGUGCAGUAAGGGUGAAAAGCUCUGCAGAGCUAGAGGAAGAAAUGUUGGCAAAGAUUCCUAAGUUCAAAGCUCGGCCUGUAAACAAGAAGAUUCUAGAAGCACCGUCACUCCCUGCAUUGCCCAGAACUGUUCCACAACAACCUGAGUUUCAGGUAUUCCAUUUGAAGACAAUGGAGAGGGCGAAUCAAUAUGCUGAAACAUCAUCGACAGUCUCAAUAGAUGCUUCCACCCAGAAUCAGAGCAAACCCUCGAAACUUACUGAACCAAGGCCACCCCUUCUUGAAACAUCGCUACGAGCACGACCUCCAAAAGUCAAAAGUUCAGAGGAAUUGGAGCUGGAGGAACUUGAAAAGAUUCCAAAGUUCAAGGCCCGGCCACUCAAUAAAAAGAUACUUGAUAGCAGAGGAGCUACUGGCUUGUUUUCUUCCAAUCCAAGGCCCCAAAUAACAACUCCUCAAGAAUUCCAUUUUGCAACAAAUGACAGGUUUGGUCCUUCAGCAACUAUGGUGGAGCUCUUUGACAAGCUCUCGCUGCACUCGGAAUCUUCUCACCGUGACAAUAGAGAAGUUGCUGGAAUCACAAUGCCAAAUCCUUUUCAUCUUAAAACAGAGGAGCGAGGAUUUGAAAAAGAGAGGCAGUUUGCUAUGCAGAUUUUUCAGAAACAGUUGGAAGAGGAGAAAGCUAGGAUUCCCAAGGCUAACCCAUAUCCGUACACUACAGAUUAUCCAGUGAUACCUUCAAAACCAGAGCCUAAGCAGUGUACAAAGCCUGAGGCUUUUCAAUUGGAGAGCUUAGUAAGGCAUGAAGAGGAGAUGCAGAGGAAGCUGGAAGAGAAGGAACGGAUGCAAAGAGAAGAGGCACAAAAGAGAAUAUUUAAAGCACAACGGAUCAUGAGAGAUGAUCCUAUUCCACUACCAGAAAUAGAGAGGAGGCCUCUUACUGAAGUCCAGGAGUUUGUAUUCCAUUCAGAUCAUAGGGCUGUGCAGAGAUCAGAGUUUGAUAAAAAGAUAAAGGAGAAAGAAAUGAUGUAUAAGAGAAUGAGAGAGGAGUAUGAAACUGCAAAAAUGAUUGAAGAAGAGAAGGCAGUGAAACAGUUGAGGAGGACAAUGGUGCCCCAUGCAAGGCAACUUCCGAAGUUUGACAAUCCAUUCCUUCCACAAAAGUCAACAAAGGAAACAACAAAGCCAAAGUCACCAGAAUUGCGUGUGAACCAGAGAGGAGAAAGGUGGCAUGCCUUUCAUAUGAGAUGAUUGCUUGUAAUAUUUGUUCAAGAUUGCUUGAACCAGUCUAAUUUGUUGUGCACACCGUGUAACUAGAAUCUUUUCUUUGUAAAAGAGGAAGAAAGUUAAGGGCAAAUUCGGCAUCA